CACCUUUUUCUCAAACUCUCAUCUCAACAACUUCAACUUCAAUCAAACAAACAAAACUAAAACUCCUAAGUGCAAGCAAAAGCAAAACCAAAAGCACUUUUCAAUUUUAACUUCACCAUCCAAACACAACUCCAACUCCAACUCAACUCAAUACUCUCUCUCGCUUUAAAACCCUUAAUUCUCUUAUGGAUCUACCGGUUUUCCCUCUCCAGAUCUUCUUCUAAUCCGCCGUCGUUCCGAUUCAAUUCCAUUUUUCACUUCACCCUAGAAACACAAUGAAAGUCCCCUGUUGUUCCGUCUGCCAAACGCGGUACAACGAGAAAGAGCGGGUCCCACUCCUCCUUCAAUGCGGUCAUGGCUUCUGCAAGGAGUGUCUUUCUAGAAUGUUCUCCGCCUCCACCGAUACCACCCUCUCCUGCCCCCGCUGCCGCCACGUCUCCGUCGUCGGUAACUCCGUCAGCGCGCUUCGGAAGAAUUUCGCCGUCCUCGCUCUCAUCCUCUCGGCCGCCGCCGCACAUGCUAACCACAACCACCGUAACGCCCACCCCAAUUUCGACAGCGAUGUGACCUCCGAUGAUGAUGACGACGAUGACCGGGACGACGACGGUGGCGACGAGGAUAGUCAUAAUCAUGAUGGUAAUAACGAUGGGAACUAUGACGACGGUGAUGUGCCGGCGUUGGGACGGAGCGGGCGAGGGUCCCACGCGUCUAGUUCCGGGGCGUGCGGGCCGGUGAUCGAGAUCGGGGUGCAUCAGGAGGUGAAAUUGGUGAGGAAAUUAGGUGAAGGGAGGAGGGCGGGGGUGGAGGUAUGGGCCGGGUGGAUCGGUGGGGCCCACUGGAGGUGUAGGCACAAGGUGGCGCUGAAGAAAGUGGUGGUGGGUGAAGAAAUGGAGGUGGAUUGGGUGGUUGGGCAGCUGGAGAAUCUGAGGAGAGCGUCCAUGUGGUGUAGAAAUGUGUGUACUUUUCAUGGGGUUUUGAGGAUGGAAGGGAGUUUGGGCCUUGUAAUGGAAAAGUGUAGUGGGUCUGUUCAGUCCGCGAUGCAGGGGAAUGAAGGACGGCUUACUUUGGAGCAAAUUUUAAGAUAUGGAGCAGAUAUUGCACGAGGUGUGGCUGAACUUCAUGCAGCUGGUGUUGUUUGUAUGAAUCUGAAACCAUCCAAUCUUCUCUUAGAUGUAAAUGGUCAAGCUGUGGUUUCUGACUAUGGACUUGCUGCAAUUCUGAAGAAACCUGCUUGUCGGAAAGCUCGGCCAGAGUGUGAUUCCUCUAGGAUCCAUUCAUGCAUGGAGUGUACAAUGCUCAGUCCACACUAUACAGCUCCUGAGGCAUGGGAGCCAGUGAAGAAGUCUUUAAAUUUGUUUUGGGAUGAUGCAAUAGGUAUAUCACCAGAAUCGGAAGCUUGGAGUUUUGGUUGUACAUUGGUGGAGAUGUGCACAGGUUCCAUCCCGUGGGCUGGUUUAAGUGCUGAGGAAAUUUAUCGGGCUGUUGUAAAAACGCGAAAAUUACCCCCACAGUAUGCAAGUAUAGUAGGUGUUGGAAUACCUAGGGAAUUGUGGAAGAUGAUUGGUGAGUGCCUGCAGUUCAAGGCAUCAAAAAGACCGACUUUCAAUGCAAUGUUAGCAAUAUUUCUCCGCCAUUUGCAAGAGCUUCCGCGCAGUCCUCCUGCAAGUCCUGAUACGGGCUUUACCAAAUGUUCUGGAUCAAAUGUGACAGAGCCAUCUCCUCCUUGUGAUUUGGAGAUUUUUCAAGACAAUCCCACCCAUCUACAUCGACUUGUCUCUGAAGGGGAUGUUGGUGGUGCUAGGGAUCUACUCGCAAAGACUGCAUCAGGAAAUUCUAGCAGCUCUAUUUAUUCACUUCUGGAAGCACAAAAUCCUGAUGGCCAAACUGCCCUUCACUUGGCUUGUAGACGUGGUAGCGCUGAUUUGGUUGAGGCUAUACUGGAAUAUUCAGAGGCAAAUGUGGAUGUAUUGGACAAAGAUGGUGAUCCUCCGCUUGUUUUUGCUUUAGCAGCUGGAUCCCCAGAAUGUGUUCAUGCUCUUAUCAAAAGAGGUGCUAAUGUUAGAUCUAGAUUGCGGGAAGGCUUUGGUCCAUCUGUUGCUCAUGUUUGUGCAUACCAUGGCCAACCUGAUUGCAUGCGGGAGUUGCUAUUGGCUGGAGCGGAUCCCAAUGCGGUAGAUGAUGAGGGUGAAUCUGUACUCCACAGAGCUGUUGCCAAGAAAUACACAGAUUGUGCUCUAGUUAUACUGGAAAAUGGCGGUUGUAGAUCAAUGGCUGUUCUAAACUCAAAAGAUUUGACACCAUUGCAUUUGAGUGUUGCAACAUGGAAUGUAAUGGUUGUUAAAAGGUGGGUUGAAGUUGCUUCUCCAGAAGAAGUUGCUGAGGCCAUUGACAUUCCCAGCCCAGUUGGCACGGCACUGUGUAUGGCGGCUGCUCUGAAGAAAGAUCAUGAAAUUGAGGGGAGAGAAUUGGUGCGAAUAUUGCUUGCUGCUGGAGCAGAUCCAACCGCCCACGAUGCACAGAAUCGGACAGCAUUGCAUAUUGCUGCUAUGGCUAAUGAUGUUGAGUUGGUCAAAAUUAUUCUUGAUGCUGGAGUGGAUGUGAACAUCCGGAACAUGCACAAUACAAUACCCCUUCAUGUAGCAUUGGCUAGAGGCGCAAAGUCGUGUGUCGGGUUGCUCUUAUCUGCAGGGGCCAAUUGUAAUUUGCAGGAUGAUGAAGGUGAUAAUGCUUUCCAUAUAGCAGCGGAUGCUGCAAAAAUGAUACGUGAAAACCUUGAAUGGCUCAUUCUUAUGCUCAGUAAUCCAGAUGCUGCUGUUGAAGUUAGGAACCACAGUGGUAAAACAUUACGUGACUUUUUGGAGGCCCUUCCCCGGGAAUGGAUUUCUGAAGAUCUAAUGGAGGCACUAAUGAAUAGGGGAGUUCAUCUUUCUCCUACAAUAUUUGAAGUGGGUGAUUGGAUUAAGUUUAAAAGAAGUGUUACAACUCCUACCCAUGGGUGGCAAGGUGCAAAGCCUAGAAGUGUUGGCUUUGUGCAAAGUGUCAUUGACAAAGACAAUCUUAUUGCUUCAUUUUGUUCUGGAGAGGCUCAUGUUUUGGCAAAUGAAGUUAUAAAGUUGAUUCCGCUGGACAGGGGACAGCAUGUCCAGCUAAGACCAGAUGUCAAAGAGCCAAGGUUUGGUUGGCGUGGCCAAUCUCGUGACAGUAUUGGAACUGUGUUGUGUGUUGAUGACGAUGGGAUCCUGCGUGUUGGAUUUCCUGGAGCAUCCAGAGGAUGGAAAGCUGAUCCUGCAGAGAUGGAAAGAGUUGAAGAGUUCAAGGUUGGAGAUUGGGUUCGUAUUCGCCCAACGCUCACUACUGCAAAGCAUGGUUUAGGAUCUGUAACACCAGGGAGCAUUGGUAUAGUGUACUGUGUGAGACCAGAUAGUAGUCUGUUGUUAGAACUGAGCUAUCUUCCAAAUCCAUGGCAUUGUGAACCAGAAGAGGUGGAGCCAGUUGCCCCUUUCAGGAUUGGUGACAGGGUAUGCGUGAAGCGAUCUGUUGCAGAACCUAGAUAUGCCUGGGGCGGUGAGACCCAUCAUAGUGUUGGAAAGAUUAGUGAGAUAGAGAAUGAUGGUCUGCUAAUAAUUGAAAUUCCAAAUCGACCAAUACCAUGGCAGGCUGAUCCUUCUGACAUGGAGAAGGUUGAGGACUUCAAGGUUGGGGAUUGGGUAAGAGUAAAAGCAUCUGUAUCUUCCCCCAAAUAUGGAUGGGAGGACAUAACACGUAACAGCAUCGGAAUAAUUCAUAGCUUGGAGGACGAUGGUGAUAUCGGUGUUGCUUUCUGCUUCAGGAGCAAGCCUUUUAGUUGCUCUGUAACGGACGUGGAGAAAGUACCUCCUUUUGAAGUUAGGCAAGAGAUUCAUGUUAUGCCAUCUGUCACUCAGCCCAAGCUUGGAUGGUCAAAUGAAACUCCUGCAACUGUUGGAAAAAUUGAGAGGAUUGACAUGGACGGAGCUCUAAAUGUAAGAGUUACUGGCAGGCAUAGCUUGUGGAGAGUUUCUCCUGGAGAUGCAGAACGGCUUUCAGGAUUUGAAGUUGGUGAUUGGGUACGUUCAAAACCAAGCCUGGGUACUAGACCAAGUUAUGAUUGGAACACUAUAGGGAAGGAAAGUUUAGCUGUAGUGCAUAGUGUACAAGAGACUGGUUAUCUAGAGUUGGCUUGCUGUUUUCGUAAAGGGAAGUGGAUUACUCAUUACACAGAUGUUGAAAAGGUCCAGUCCUUUAAAAUCGGGCAGCAUGUACGUUUUCGAGCUGGAUUGGGUGAACCAAGGUGGGGUUGGAGAGGUACUAAACCAAAUUCACGGGGAAUUAUUACCAGUGUUCAUGCUGAUGGAGAAGUAAGAGUAGCCUUCUUUGGUUUGCCGGGGUUGUGGAGAGGAGAUCCUGUUGAUCUUGAGAUAGAGCAGACGUUUGAAGUGGGAGAAUGGGUGAGAGUGAGAGAAACUGCCAAUACUUGGAAAUCUGUUGGGCCAGGUAAUAUUGGUAUUGUACAAGGAAUGGGGUACCAAGAAGAUGAUUGGGAUGGAAGCACUUUUGUUGGAUUUUGUGGAGAGCAAGAAAGGUGGGUGGGGCCUACAGCUCAUCUUGAAAGAGUGCAGAGGCUGAUGAUUGGGCAAAGGGUAAGGGUUAAAUUAACUGUGAAACACCCAAGAUUUGGAUGGUCAGGCCAUAGCCAUGCAAGCAUUGGCACAAUAUCUGCAAUUGAUGCUGACGGCAAGCUGAGAAUAUAUACUCCAGCAGGCUCCAAAACUUGGAUGCUUGAUCCAGCGGAGGUGGAGGUAGUAGAGGAAGAGGAAAUCCAAAUUGGUGAUUGGGUUAGAGUUAAAGCAUCUGUUACAACUCCAACUUACCAGUGGGGAGAGGUAAGUCAUACGAGCAUCGGAGUGGUACAUCGAAUGGAAAAUGGGGAACUAUGGGUGGCAUUCUGCUUUAUGGAGCGACUCUGGCUCUGCAAAGCAUGGGAAAUGGAACGGGUUCGGCCAUUCAAAGUGGGGGACAAAGUGCGGAUAAGAGAAGGGUUAGUGACUCCACGAUGGGGUUGGGGAAUGGAGACUCAUGCAAGCAGGGGGCAGGUGGUUGGGGUAGAUGCAAACGGGAAGUUAAGGAUUAAGUUUCAGUGGAGGGAAGGGAGACCAUGGAUUGGUGAUCCGGCUGAUAUUGUUGUUGAUGAAAGCUCAUCUGAUAGGACAGGCGCUUCAUGACUGCUUUCAACAUUUCUUGUACUUUGCCACUAAAGCUAUGAGAGCCAAUAUCCUGGUUCAAUAGAAGUGGGUGGGGCAACUCCACUGCAUCGCAUGAUCAGAUUUUUACUGAAAAGUAUAUGCAGUGAGGCGGCUACAAGGGAAUUUAUAUUGUCAAUAAAAUGGAAGUACAGAACUACAUAUAGAUGGAUACAGAGCAAAUGGUGGAGAAACUGGCUCGCGUUGCCGUUAAUUUAUAGGAUAUGCAAGAGCAGCCAGGUAAAGAGAUAGCUGUAGGC